AUGGAUGUUGUUGUUUUUCGCCUCUGUGAUAAAGCACCGGACAUUCUGAGAGAAGUGUGCUUAGAGCGUGGCUGGGAAGAGUAUAACGAAGAUCAUCUCGAAGAAAGCGGGGACUGGAAUUUGUGGUGGAAAACUCAAGGCUUCACAACCAGUGAAUACAAAAACUGUCGACCUUGGCAGCGUCUAAAUCACUUUCCAAAAUCAACAAAGAUCACGAAAAAAGAUGGCUUAGCAAGAAACCUUAGACGAAUGAAAGCGUCCUAUGGAGGUUCUAUUUUUGAUUUUUUUCCUCGCACGUUUAUUUUGCCAAAUGAGUAUAAAAAGUUUGUUUCAGAAUUUUCCAAAGAAGAUGGCGAUAAGAGAUCAAAUUACUGGAUUUGCAAACCGACGGAGCAGUCAUGUGGAAGAGGAAUCUUCAUUUUCAAGGAUCUUCAUGAUUUGACUUAUGACUGUGCUGUGGUUGUUCAAAAAUAUGUGAUCAAACCUUUUCUUAUUUCGGGUUACAAGUUUGAUCUACGUUUGUAUGCCAUUGUUACAUCAUUUCACCCUUUCCAGCUUUACAUUUACCAUGAGGGUAUUGUGAGAUUCAGCACUGAAAAAUUUGAUCUUUCUUCACUUGACAAUCAUUUUUCACAUCUGACAAACACCAGUAUUAACAAAUCUGGUCCACAGUAUUCCACAAAAAAGGAAAGUAUUGGGGUUGGUUGUAAAUGGACCCUUAGCCAAUUCCGUGUCUACCUGCACAAACACAACAUAGAUGAUCGUGUGCUGUGGCAUCGAAUCACGUCAAUCAUCAUAAUUACUCUGUUGUCCCAAGUCCAAGACGUACCCAGUGAUUCUUACAACUGCUUUGAGUUGUUUGGCUUUGAUGUUCUUAUCGAUGAAAAGCUGAAACCAUGGUUGCUGGAGGUCAAUUUUUCCCCUGCUCUAGGCAAUGAUUGCACUCAAGAUGAGCUGGUCAAGAGACCACUGCUAAAUGACAUUCUCGAAAUUGUGGACUUUUCUGAAGCUGACAUCAAACGGGGCAGGAAAGAAAAGGAGACCACAGCUACUAGGAGAAAAUCUAGAGGUGUAGUCCACAGUGUUCCAAGGAGUAAUUUCAAAAGCUACAACUCAAACAUGAAUGACAUAAUAUGUAGAAAAAAUUCUAAGAUUUCACUGCCCCUUUCUCAAGCACAAGAGGAAACUGAAUGUAGAGAUGUUACAGAGUCUGGCAAGAAUCAUGUCAUGCAUGUUGGGAAUAGGAAGAUGAGAAGCAAAAAUCAAAAGCACAAAUGCCCUGUGUCUGGUGCAAAUAGUGUUAAAACAAUAAAGUCAUGCCAAGAAUGCGAAACACCAUGUUCAAAGCACACUCUUUGUAGUAAUAAGAAACUUAGCAGUUCAGAAGAGUUUAUUAAAGCUGCAUCAAGUGAUGAUUGUGAUGGCCAGACCAGCUCAGGUUGUGACAAAAUUAAUAUUACUCUUAAUUGUGCUUCUCAAUCUGAUUUCAAAAGCAAUUCUGGUUAUGUAUUGGAAGCAGAGAAUGAGAACGGUCAAUCACUUUGUCUGGAGGAAAUGGAGGAAGGUAAAAAGGGUCAUGGAAAGGCACACACAGGAAGGGCUUUAGAAUUAGCAAGACCACAAAGUGUAAUUAAAGGCAAAGCUUUGGAUCCAUCUUCUGAGUUUUCAAGGCCAAAAAAAAGUGAACUGCCACCUCACUGUUACCUGCGACGCUAUAACUCGGAAGCAUCAUUGCUGUAUGGUAUUCAGCACUCAGGCAACUUGCAUCACUCAACCUCAAAAUACUUCCCACGGGUUCCAACUGCUGUUAGGUCUGCUCACAAGACUAGCUGUUCCCUAAAAUCUCAAAUUGGCAACUGCAUUCUUGCUUUCCCCUUCAAUGAGGCAACACUCAAAGCGAGUCAAGGAACUAUGGACUUAAAGAUUGUAAUUGAAGAGAUAAGAAAAAUUUUGAGACUAGUAAGGAAUCAUGUCAAGUCAUCAUCAUCAGAACUUAGUGAUGAUGGUAGUAAUUCUCUGGACCUUUCGAAACCAUUUUGGGGAUAUAGGUCAAAGGUGAAUAAAUUUUAUAGCUCUUUGGAGCCAUAA